AUGGCAGCUUCACAUGCAAAACUUCACCACGAAGAUAGUGAACACGAUGAAGUCGGAAGGCUUAUAUGCUUCACAGGGAGGGCCAAUUAUACUUUCACUCACAGGUUUGAGCCAGUGGGCAACACCACCAAUGGACCUCCUUUAACUCCUUUAUACUUUCACUCCUUUAAGAAAACUCAUCAAUGGAGUUGCAGAUUGAGAAUGAAUACUCGAUGGUGGAGGCAUCCUUUCAUGAGAAAGGACCACAUUAUGUUAAAUGGGCAGAAAACAUGGCGGUUAGCCUUCAGACUGGUGUGCCAUGGACCAUGUACUGGUGUGCCAUGGACCAUGUGCAAGCAAGACGAUGCACCUGACCCUGUGAUAAAUGCAUGCAAUGGGCUAGAAUGUGGAGAAACAUUCGUUGGACCAAACUCGCCUAAUAAGCCAUCCAUUUGGACCGAGAACUGGAUUAGCAACUAUCAAAUUUAUGGAGACGAACCGUACCUAAGAUCAGCAGAGGAUAUUGCAUUUCAUGUAGUCCUCUUCAUUGCUGCAAAGAAUGGGGCUUUUGUCAAUUAUCAUAUGUAUCAUGGAGGAACUAAUUUUGGAAGAUCAACGGCUGAAUAUGUCAUUACAGGCUACUAUGAUCAAGCACCUUUGGACGAAUAUGGUUUAACUAGGGAACCAAAAUGGAGUCAUCUUAAGGAAUUACAUGCUGCAGUUAAGCUAUGCACGAAGCCCUUGCUUUCUGGAACAAAAUCCAUCAUCUCACUGGGCCAACUACAAAACACCAUUAUGUUCAAAACUGAGUCUGGAGAGUGUGCUGCCUUUUUGGUGAAUAGGGGAGCUGAGGAUGUAAGUGUUCUGUUUCAGGAAGUUACAUACGAGUUCCCUUCGAGUUCUAUCAGCAUCUUACCAGAUUGUAAAACCGUGGCCUUCAACACCAAAAGGGUAAGCGUACAAUACAAUACGAGAACAAUGAAGGCAGUUUCAUGUCCCUCUCUUAUCGAAGCUGGUAUAGUUUGUGCUGAUAGACAAGCCGUUGAUACCUUCAUUUCAAGCGCAAAAGGAGUCAAGCAAUGGAAAAUUAACCAAACAGAAAAGAAUCAACCACAGGAACAUACAGUGUCUGAGCAUCGGUACCGAGGCCCGAAAGGCCAAGAAAUAGCUUAUCGUGAAUCCGGUAAAUUUUCUGGAAAUCUGUGGCAAUUGUCUGAAGCUGAACUCCAAGCCUACGAUCGCUAG